AUGGCAAACCUAAGCCCUGAAUCGGCGAUAGUCGAGGUCGAGGCCCAGCUGAAGGACAUCGUACAGAACCUCUACAACCUCAUCGUGCAAGCAUAUGAUCACCAUGGAAACACAACACAAGAGGCUAUGAAGCGUGAGAUCCAGUCGCUCGUUCAGAACUUAGUCAAGCUGGCCAGGACCGCACCUUCUAUCCAAAUCGACAUACCGCCUGAGGUCAUGUCCUAUGUCGAAAACUCCAGGAAUCCCGAUAUAUUCACCCGCGAGUUCGUCGAGACUGUGCAGCGGAUGAAUCAGAUGCUGAAUGGGCGCUUCGAUGCAUAUCGGAUGCUGCAAGAGCAACUAGCAUGGCAGGUCUCGAAUGCUAUUCCAGAGCUCAAAGAAGACGUCACCUCCGUGGUUGAAUCCACUGGUGGAAAGGUGCCGGUAUAACUGUCUCAGCUCAGCUUCAUUAUUCUUGCUCAGGCUUUAACCCAGAGUCGAGACCAUGGGUGACAUCCCCGGCGUGAACCGUGCUGUAUCUUCAACCGAUGGAUCAGACCGUCAUCCUUUCUUCCAUAACUUUGAAACUCCUCAAAUGGCAGCACGAAGCGGAUACAGUUCAACUCUCGAUGGACAUCGCAUUGGCACGAAGCGCCCAAAGCCAGAAGCCAACGCCGUUGCGCAGCAUCACAACAGCACGCAAAAAAGGGACACAAACGCGAUAGACGCUUCUCGGAAUGC